GGAUGAGGCAGUCCCGCCAUUGGUUGGAUGUUGGGAGCAGUGAGUGGGUUUGUAGGGGGGGGGGGUGUGGAUGUAGUUCCCCGACUCGGGAGAAGGGGAAGAAGCUGAGGGAAGAGAGGGGGAGAGAGAAAGCGAGCGUAUGCCGCCGGCCGCUACAGUGUGUGAUCCUCCGCCCACCACAGCAGGAGAACUUCCCCCUCACAGACUCGCAUCCCCCCGGGAGAGGGUCCAGCUGCCGGCACUGAUAGCUCCCGGGAUCCGCUUGCCUGUUCUCCCCUGAAUGACGGGCGGACGUUUCGAUUUCGACGAUGGCGGCACUUACUGUGGCGGCUGGGAGGACGGCAAGGCUCACGGGCACGGCAUCUGCACCGGCCCCAAGGGACAAGGGGAGUACUCGGGCUCCUGGUCUCACGGCUUCGAGGUGGUGGGCGCCUACACCUGGCCCAGCGGCAACACCUACCUGGGCUACUGGGCUCAGGGCAAGAGGCACGGGCUGGGUGUGGAGACCAAGGGCAGGUGGAUUUACCGAGGAGAAUGGUCUCACGGCUUUAAGGGGCGCUAUGGGGUCCGGCUGAGUAUGAGCACCCCGGCUCGCUACGAUGGGACGUGGAGUAACGGACUGCAGGACGGAUAUGGGGUCGAGACAUACGGGGAUGGAGGUACAUACCAAGGACAAUGGAUGGGAGGAAUGAGACACGGAUAUGGUGUGCGCCAAAGUGUUCCCUAUGGCAUGGCUACAGUGAUUCAUUCACCUCUUAGAACCUCUUUGUCUUCAUUGCGAAGUGAACAAAGCAAUGGCAAUGUGCUACAUGAUAUAGGAGUAGACAGCCCAGUAGGAUCACGGGGAGGUUUUGUCUUGAAUUUUCACAGUGACUCUGAGUCGAUGACUGGUAAGAAAAAGGGCUUGUUUAGAAGAGGGUCACUUCUUGGUAGCAUUAAACUAAGAAAAUCUGACUCCAAGAUCUCCAUAUCCAGCAAGCGCAGUUCGGUGAGGAGCGAUGCCGCAAUAAGUAGAAUUAGUUCAAGUGAUGCCAACUCAACUAUUAGCUUUGGGGAUGGAGAUUGUGAUUAUUGUCCUGUGGAAGAUCAUGUUGAUGCCACCACAACAGAAACCUACAUGGGAGAGUGGAAGAAUGACAAACGCACAGGGUUUGGCGUUAGCGAGCGUUCGAAUGGCAUGAAGUAUGAAGGUGAAUGGCUAAAUAAUAGAAGACAUGGAUAUGGAUGUACCAUAUUUCCAGAUGGCACAAAAGAGGAAGGAAAAUAUAAAAACAAUGUCUUAGUUCGUGGAAUAAGAAAGCAACUUAUACCGAUAAAGAACACAAAAACAAAGGAGAAAGUUGACAGAGCAAUAGAAGGAGCUCAGCGGGCAGCAGCAGUGGCAAGGACAAAAGUAGAAAUAGCCAUUUCAAGGACAGAACAUGCUCGAGCUAAAGCUAAUGCAGCUGAUCAGGCAAGCCAAGCUGCACGACAAGAAUCCGACAUUGCAAGAGCAGUGGCAAGAGAGCUUUCUCCAAGCUUCCGCCAGCCAGGGCCGGAUUACAUCAAGCAGAUGUUUCAGGAAGGGAUAGAAGUCCAAGAAAACAUUGAAGAAAAAAUUCCCCAGAAGCCACCCUCUCCAAAAAAUUCGCCACACUUUUACAGGAAAGGUACAACCCCUCCACGGACACCGGAAGAAAGAAGGAAACCAACUUCCCCACCUGCUCCAAAAAAUUCAGAAGGGAAGAAUUAUAAUUCAACAUCUGCUUACCUAAACAAAAAAAGUUCCUCAGUUGAGAACUUACCUGUCUCGUCCAACAAACCCUUGCCUGUCAAAGCACCUGUCAAAGAACAGAUUGUUUUUCCUUCUCCACCAAAGGCAUCGUAUGCUCCAAAUCCGAGCAGCACCGGAAAUGGGGAACUGCAUGCCGACUACCACGGAUACUUAGUAAAAGUAAAUCCGUCGUCGACUUCAGAGGUAAAAGGAGAUUUAAACCCUGUCAAGUCAUCGGCAUUAGCACGUAUUCCACCACCACAGAAGCCAAGCCCCAAGAAGCCAGUGACUAAGCCAGAAGCCAAAGAAAGCAAACCUGAGCCAAAAGUUAGGAAAGCAGAACCUGCAGCACCAAAGAAUCCAGCCAAUAAUGAAGCGCUAUCUCCUGUAGAAAAUGAAGUCAACUCGACACCCAAUUCUAUCAUGAUUGCCCUAGUCAUGCUGUUGAAUGUUGGACUAGCCAUUCUGUUUGUCCAUUUCCUCACUUGAAUG